AGCUGGGUGGGAAGAGAAGAAGCGUCCUCUGAGCCAAAUCUCGACUGCCGUCUCCUCACAGCCAACGCCCGUCCACCCAUCCAUAAUGCGCGAAAUAGUGCAUCUGCAAGCCGGCCAGUGCGGUAACCAGAUCGGAGCCAAGUUCUGGGAGGUGAUCAGUGAUGAGCAUGGCAUCGACCCGACUGGCAGCUACCAUGGAGACAGCGACCUGCAGCUAGACAGGAUCAAUGUGUACUACAAUGAGGCCUCAGGUGGGAAGUAUGUCCCCCGUGCCAUCCUGGUGGAUCUGGAGCCGGGCACCAUGGACUCUGUCAGGUCUGGCCCCUUCGGACAGAUCUUCAGGCCAGACAACUUUGUCUUCGGCCAGAGCGGAGCUGGAAACAACUGGGCCAAGGGCCACUACACAGAGGGAGCAGAGCUGGUAGACUCUGUCAUGGAUGUAGUGAGGAAGGAGGCAGAGAGCUGUGACUGCCUCCAGGGCUUCCAGCUCACCCACUCCCUGGGUGGGGGCACUGGCUCUGGCAUGGGCACCCUGCUCAUCAGCAAGAUCCGCGAGGAGUACCCAGACCGCAUCAUGAACACCUUCAGCGUGGUGCCCUCUCCCAAAGUGUCCGACACAGUGGUGGAGCCCUACAACGCCACCCUCUCUGUACAUCAGCUGGUGGAGAACACAGAUGAAACCUUCUGCAUCGACAACGAAGCCCUCUACGACAUCUGCUUCCGCACUCUCAAGCUCACCACACCCACCUACGGAGACCUCAACCACCUGGUGUCAGCCACCAUGAGUGGAGUGACCACCUGCCUUCGUUUCCCUGGCCAGCUCAACGCCGACCUCCGCAAAUUGGCUGUCAACAUGGUGCCCUUCCCCCGCCUGCACUUCUUCAUGCCUGGCUUUGCUCCCCUCACCAGCAGGGGGAGCCAGCAGUACCGCGCCCUGUCCGUGCCUGAGCUCACCCAGCAGAUGUUCGACUCCAAGAACAUGAUGGCGGCCUGCGACCCUCGUCACGGCCGUUACCUCACCGUGGCUGCCGUCUUCCGUGGCCGCAUGUCCAUGAAGGAGGUGGACGAGCAAAUGCUCAAUGUCCAGAACAAGAACAGCAGCUACUUUGUGGAAUGGAUCCCCAACAACGUGAAGACCGCUGUCUGCGACAUCCCACCCCGUGGCCUCAAGAUGGCUGCCACCUUCAUCGGCAACAGCACAGCCAUCCAGGAGCUGUUCAAGCGUAUCUCUGAGCAGUUCACUGCUAUGUUCCGCCGUAAGGCCUUCCUUCACUGGUACACCGGAGAGGGUAUGGAUGAGAUGGAGUUCACUGAGGCUGAGAGCAACAUGAAUGACCUGGUGUCUGAGUACCAGCAGUACCAGGAUGCCACUGCUGAGGAGGGCGAGUUUGAAGAGGAGGGAGAAGAGGAAGCCGCCUAAACCAUCCAGUCACUCAACUGCCAAACAGUCUAUCACUCCCCUCCGUCCUGUCCCCAACUCCAUCCCUUCAUCCUUAUCAUCGGCUUUCUCUCAGGAAGGCAGAUGUUCCUAUAUGAUUAUUUUUUUCCACAUUAGACAGUGAUCUUACCAGAUAGUAUUGAACAUUUGACAUUAUUUUGUUUUUGUAUGUUGGAAAUCCAGUGAAUAGUUUUUAUUUUCCUACAUUCAUCUAAUCAUUGCUUUGCGGAAUUAAAAGCAAGUGAUUUUAACUAUGAAGCCUUCAAGUUGGAAAAUGAUUAAAGUUUCAAUUAAAUUGGUACUUUACUCUGUG